GGUCAUGUUCUCCGCUUGCACUCGCCGCAUGUUAACAGUGCUUUUGGUAAAGGGAAAAGGUCGCAAGGGUGGCAAGGGCAGGGACACCGCCUCGAAGGAUCGCGGCGAUGCAUGGCGGACAGACGUCGACGUCGUCGACAAGGCAGACAUGCAUAACGAACGCUUUGAGACGUACUACAAGGCACAAAACAUUCUAGGCGAGGACGAGUGGGAUUCAUUUUUGGAGAGGAUGAGAGAGCCUCUGCCGACCACAUUUCGUGUGACUGGAAGCCGUCAGGUCGCCCAGCUGUUGAAUGACAUGAUCAGAGAGACACACGCGCCCCAGCUAGCAAGUGUUGUAUUCGAAGGAGAAGCUGUCUCCCCACCAAAACAGAUCCCCUGGCACCUCAACGUUGCCAAGAAGGUGCUCCGCAAAUCACCCGAAUUCAAGAGGUUUCAAAACUUCUUGGUGUUCGAGACCGAAGUUGGUAACAUCUCACGUCAAGAGGCCGUCAGUAUGCUGCCACCGCUGUUCCUCGAAGUUAAGCCUCACCACAGGGUGAUGGACAUGUGUGCAGCCCCAGGUUCGAAGACUGCACAAUUGCUUGAAGCUCUUCAUGCACAGGAUACGGUCACGGCGUCCUCUUUCCCUUCUGGUCUGCUCAUUGCAAAUGAUAGUGACUAUAAGCGGACGCACAUGCUGAUUCACCAAGCCGCAAGACUUCCGUCGCCGUCUCUUAUGGUCACGAACCAUGACGCUUCGAUCUUUCCCGCAAUUAAGAUACCUUCGGAGCAACUCACUUUCCCGGCAGGUACUAAGGAUAGGGUCGUCAACAAGCGGCAACAUCAGCUGUUCUUUGACCGCAUUCUCUGUGACGUGCCCUGCAGCGGCGAUGGUACAAUGAGGAAGAAUCUGGGGAUCUGGAAGCACUGGUCACCGAUGGACGGCAAUGGUUUGCAUGGUCUACAGCUCAGGAUCCUCCAGCGGGCCAUGAGGAUGCUCCAGAAGGGCGGCCGCAUUGUAUACUCGACAUGUUCCAUUAAUCCCGUAGAAAAUGAGGCUGUGGUCGCCGCUGCCCUCCAGUCUAUCCCAGGGUUUGAGCUCAUCGACAUGUCAACUCAUCUCCCAGGUUUGAUUUUCCGCUCCGGGAUUAAGACAUGGACGCCAGCUUUAGACCGUUCUGAGUACAUUGAAAGCCUCCCAGAGAAUAAGCGUGCCGACAGCAAGCUGGUAGAAUCUCAUUGGCCGCCGUCGCUAGCCGAAGCAGAUGCGCUCCACCUGGAGUACUGUAUGCGAAUAUAUCCUCAUUUGCAAGAUACGGGAGGGUUCUUCGUUGCUGUGCUACAGAAGAAACAGUCACCUGCGCCGGCGCGACAGAUCCCCGACAACAAGCGACAAGCAGAUGCAGUAGAAGACCUGGAAACCUCAGAGGUCAAGAAGCCAAAGCUGUCGGCUGAGGACGACGCCGAGGUUACCGAGGCUGAGACUCUCGAUACAAUGCCUGAGUCCCCGUCUGAACCGGCUCUCGUUACUGAGGCUUCCGCUCCAGAACACGCGACGGACACCAAAGGGAAAGGCCAGGCAGUCAAAGGCGCUGAUGUUCAUUUUAAGGAGAACCCAUUUACGUUUUUGAAGCCUGACGACCCUGUCAUCCUAGCAUGCAUUUCUCAGCUGAAUCUAGAGCCCGACUUUCCCGCCGCGAACAUGCUGAUUCGUAAUCCCACGGGUGACACGGUCCGGUCGAUUUACAUGACGAACGAUAUCGUAAAGCAGAUCGCGGAGAAUAAUGACUACACGCGCAUGCGCCUCAUGACCUGCGGCACCAAGGUCAUGGCCAAACAGGAAGGUGCGGCGGCCAAGCGCGACAAUGCCGAGAUGCAGUUUCGCAUCCUGAGCGAAGGCCUUCCUGUCAUGCUUCCAUAUGUGCAACCCGCGUCCAUCUUAUCUGCGGACCUUGCAACGCUGACAGUGAUGAUGGAGACGUACUACCCCGUGGUUUCCCAGUUCCAGGAACCAUUUAGAUCCGCCAUUGAGCCGAGAGGCCAAGGUUGCUACAUCGUGAGAUUCGCACAAGGCGGGCUCGGUACCGCAUCGUGCGUCCAUGGUUCCUGUGCGCGAGUCCUGUGUUCCCAUAAGCUAACUGCUCGCGUAUUCUACAGGCUCACGCAUGACCUGGUGCUCCCAAUCUGGAAAUCGAAUGUCUCAGUCACGCUCAUGAUAGAAAAGAAGGCUAAGAGUGCGCUGAGUUUACGCGUUUUUGGCGAGGACAUUACGACUGCGGCCAGGGAAGCGGCCCAAAAGAGGAGAGAUGAACAGGCGAAGUCUCAGGCCACCGUUGGAGAAGCCUCCCUCGUAGAAGCUGAUGUGAUUCAUGAGGGUAAUGAGGGUCAGGAGGGUGAAUCCAUGUGUACCGGCGAGCAGUAGGUCUGCAAUGAAGCCGUUUCGAUCGCACACACUUGCUAUGUUGUGUGGCAACUAUCACUGCCAGUUGAACUUCCGCUGCCGCGUCGCCUGAGACAGGAGGCCCCGU